GUGGGAUAAUGUCAAUAGUUAUUUCAUGGUAAGUAUAUUUUAAGAUUGAAUGUAUGAAUAAGUACUUCAUGAAUCAAUCCCAUCACUAAUCCACCAUGUUUGUAACCAUUCCUUGGAAAAAAAAUCUAAAAAUAUAACUGUUACAAAUAUUCGCUUGGUAUUUUUUUCAUAUUUCAGGCUUAUGGAAUAGUUUGGAAAGCAUUGAAUAAAAAAACAAAAGAAAUUAUUGCAUUGAAAAAAAUCUUCGAUGCAUUUCGUAAUCAAACUGAUGCACAGAGAACAUUCAGAGAGAUCGCAUUCCUUCAAAAUUUUGGUAAUCAUCCAAAUAUUGUACGAUUGUAUAAUGUAAUACGUGCAAGUAGUGAUAAAGAUAUCUAUUUAGUAUUUGAAUUUAUGGAAACAGAUUUACAUAAUGUAAUUAAAAAAGGCAAUAUAUUAAAUGAUGUACAUAAACAAUAUAUCAUGUAUCAAUUAUUGAAAGCAACAGCUUAUUUACAUUCAGGUGAAGUAAUACAUCGAGACCAAAAACCAUCAAAUGUUCUAUUGGAUUCUUAUUGUUUAGUAAAAUUAUGUGAUUUUGGUUUAGCACGUUCAUUAAAAGGUCGUAAUAAAUAUGAUAAUAAUAAUAAUGGUAAAAUCAAUUGUAAAACAUUAUUACCUGCAUUAACUGAAUAUGUAGCAACACGUUGGUAUCGUGCACCAGAAAUUUUAUUAGCAUGUCAUGAUUAUACAAAAGGUGUUGAUAUAUGGAGUUUAGGUUGUAUAUUAGGUGAAAUGUUAAUUGGUACACCAUUAUUUCCUGGUACAUCAACAUUAGAUCAAAUAGAACGUAUUAUGGGUGGUUUACCUAAACCUAGUUCAGAAGAUUUAGCCAGUGUAAAAAGUCCAUAUAGUUCAUCGAUUUUACAAAAAGCACAUAUCAGAAAUCGCCGUUCAUUAGAUCAAUUAUUAAUCAAUGUUGAUAAGACAGCAACUGAUCUUUUGUAUAAAAUGUUACAUUUCAAUCCACAUAAACGUAUUACAGCAUUGGAAGCUUUAAAACAUCCAUAUGUUCGCAGAUUUUAUUCUCCCAAUGAAAUAAUGAUCAUGAAUCAUCAUGUUACUCCACCGUUAGAUGAUAAUAUACAGUUAACUGUUUCUGAAUAUCGUGAUCGUUUAUAUCAAAUGAUCAGUUCUAAGAAAACUAACACAACAACAACAAUCAUGGUUCAGAACGGUAUCAACAAAACAAAUCCUACCGAAAGAAAAAAUAUAAUUACUGGGAUUCCUCAACCCAUUCCUUACUCAACAUAUUCACAUAAUAAGAAGCAAUCUACUACUAAUCAUCAUCCAUCUUCAAAUAAUCAAACAACAAUAAUCAAGAAACAAGAUCUUCAGCAUCAUCAUCAACAUCAGGAACAACAACAGCAACAAUCGAAUCAAAAGAACACCCCUCAGGGUCAUUGUGACGAUAACAACAACAACACCAAGUCUAAUAAAAAAAAUCAUGUGGUAUGUGUACAAGUGAAUCUAUUACAUAAAGAGCCACAAAAUCAUUCAAUCAAUGAUAAUCAUGAUAAAGUGGCAAUUUUAACACCGAAAUUAACAUCAAUGUCAUUAGCUAAUGGCAUUUGUAAUAAUACGAAUUGUAAUCUUACUGGGUUCAAUAAUAAUGCCAAUCAAUUACACGAUAGUCAUCAGAUUAAUGGUAAUACUAAUGAUUAUGAUUAUAAUGAGAAUGUGAAUAAUGAUAAUUAUGAUGUACUUGAUCGAUCAGCAUCAUUAUCACUACAAUCGACGAUACCGACUUUGACAGGAACAACCGUAACAGCACAAGCUAAAACAGUUCAAUCAAAACAGCAUUAUCAAAUACGAUCAAUAUCUCAAAAUUCUAAGGUUAAUUCAAACUUAUCAACUAUUCAUUAUAGUCCAGUAAUUCGUUCGAAUUCAGUGAAUAAAAUGACAAUGAAUGAUUAUCAGCCAUCGAAAAGAUAUUUAACAAUUACUCCAUUAUGUUAUCCAAAUUCAUUCAUAUCUAAAUCAGAUAUUAUUACAUCAACUACACUUACAAAUCAACAAUCAUAUAGUCGAUUAAAUCAAUAUAAUAAUAAUAAUAAUAAUCAUCAUAAUAAUAGUAGUAAUCGUAGUGGCAGUAGUCAUAGCAACCAUUAUAAACAAAAACAUUCACAUUGUUCCAGUUUAAAUUCCAAUUCCAAUUCACGAAUUAAAACAUCAAAUUAUUAUUAUUAUUUUACUGCUAAUGGAACAGAUAAAUAUUCAUUAUUACCUAAUUAUAGUAAUUCAUUUGAAAAUGUUAUGGUAAAUUCACAAAGAAGGAUUGAUUUGAAUUACUCACAACGACAUGAAAAUCGUCAUAUAGCAUCUCAGCCAGAAAAUUUACCCAUAGAUCAUGAGUAUGAUUAUCUCCAAGGGACAAAUUACAGAUAUGAAAAUUGUAAGAAUAAUUCUAAUGAAAAAUAUUGUUCCACAUCAAAUAUUCAAGAAAAUUUAUUAAAUGGUAAUAUACAUAAAACUAGUCCAAAUCAGUGUAAGAAUGAAAUUUCAAAAGUUUUAUCAUCAUCAUCUACUAGUGAAUUACCAUCAAAUAUUGUACAGUCAACAAAUAAUAUAUCUAAUAAUAUUAAAGGAACUAUAAUUGAACCUAUUUCAUAUAAAUCAAUCGAUGAAAUUACACGUAAUCACAGUUAUAAUAGUAAUAGAACUAAUCAAGAAAACAUAUUCAAUUAUCCAAACUCAAUAAAACAAUCAAUUGAUGAAACCUCUUUGAAAAAUCAAUAUUUCCCUAAUCUUCAACAAAACAAAAGAAAUAAUAAUAAUACUAAUACUCAAUCCAAUUAUGAAUCAUUAUCUUUAAUGAAUAUUAAUCAAAAAUUAAAAAUUAUUCAAGGUUCAACAGAUAUUCAAAAUUCAAUGUUUCAAUCAAAAAUAUCAACAUCUUUAAAUAAUCUUAAAGCAAAAUUUCAUAACAAUCCAUCACAACAACAACAACAACCACAGCAAUCACAGAAACCACAGCAACAACACAAUUAUCGAAGACGUUCAUCAGAUCAUAAUGGAUCCAAACAUAAUGGUAAUAAUCAAUUAAUUAAUCAAUCAACUAAUGAUUACAAUUAUCAAAAGACAACAAAAGAUGAAAAUGAUUCAAAUCUUAAUUUAAAUCAAAAAUUAAUUACAACAUCAUUUAAACAAUAUACUUUAACAAAUCCUUCAUCAUUGAUCAAUCAUGAAAAUUUAUCAAUAAAACGAUCUCAAACUGAAUUAGUUCCAUUGAAUGAUCAGGAUCAAUUUAAAAUAAAUGAACAACAUUAUCAAAUGCAUACAGUAAUCAAUAAUAAUAAUAAUAAUAAUAAUAAUAAUAAUAAUAGUAAUACACUUUAUAUGAGUGAUCAAUCAGAUCAACAUUUACCUACUAAACAACUUCAUAAUCGUUUCAUUUCAUUAAAUACUAUUUAUAAUAAUGAUCAUAAUCAUGAACAAUAUAAAGAUCAAACAUAUUUGACAAGGUUCAAUUCUACAAAAAAUAACUUAGAUACAUAUUGUAAUAUUAAUGAUAAAUCUAUGGCCAUUUGUACUGGAUCAAAUAAUCAUACUUCAAUUAAUCAUCAAAUAUAUACAACUGGUCAAUUACUUCAAACAACAACAACAACAACGACAAGAACAAUAACGCCGCCACCACCAUCAUCAUCAUCAAAACCAAUUAUAUUAGAUUCAUUAAAAAUGACAAAUUUUCUUAAUCAAUAUCAAAAUACUCAUUUAAUAAAAACAAAUUCAUUAAAACAAACAAUUAAAAAUGUAAAAUUAUGA